GUUGGUGCGCGGCAGAGGGGCGUGGCGCGGGAGGCGCCGUUGGUUGGCCGGCGGGCGGGCGGGGGCGGGCCAUGGCCCUGUUGCUGUGCCUGGGCAUGACGGCGGCGUUGGCCCGCGGCUGCCUGCACUGCCACAGCAACUUCUCGGAUAAGUUCUCCUUUUACCGCCACCACGUGAACCUCAAGUCCUGGUGGGUCGGCGACAUCCCCGUGUCGGGCGCGCUGCUCACAGACUGGAGCCAGGACACGAUGAAGGAGCUGCACCUGGCCAUUCCCGCGGAGAUCACCGAGGAGAAGCUGGACCAGGUGGCCAACGCCGUGUAUCAGAGGAUGGAUCAGCUGUACCAGGGGAAGAUGUACUUCCCGGGGUACUUCCCCAAUGAGCUGCGCGCCAUCUUCCGGGACCAGGUGCACCUCAUCCAGAACGCCAUCAUCGAGAGCCGCAUCGACUGUCAGCGACACUGCGGCAUCUUCCGGUACGAGACCAUCUCCUGCGCCAACUGCACCAGCUCCCACGUGGUCUGCUUCGGCUACAACUGCGAGUCGUCGGCGCAGUGGGAGCGAGCAGUGCAAGGCCUCCUCGGGUACAUAAGUAGGUGGCACAAACUGGACACCAACAUGAGAACCACCCCGGCCUUCCUGAUCUCACCAAGCUUCACAUGCCUGGAGCCGCCACACCUGGCCAACCUGACUCUGGAAAACGCCUCCGAGUGCCUGACCCACCACUGACCGACCGCCGGACCGCCCCCACGACAGGGCUGGCCCAGCCGACCCUCCUGGAGCAGGCUUGCUGCUGCCUCGGGGUCCCCCACACAGCCCGAACCCGCGGGCGGGAGGAGGGCCGUGAGAUGGCUUUUGUACAUAGAUAGCACUGCGGGCUCCCAGCGCUUUGCUGGGUCAUUAA